CCCCUCAGCCACCAUUGCUCGCCGGCCGCCCGCGGCGAGGUCCCGCUCCCCCCUCCGCCUGUCUCCGGGCCGCCGUAUGGAGGACGGGGAGCGGGUGGGUGGGGAAGCCCGAGCGCCCGGCGGCGGGAGUCGCUCGCCUCUGCCGGCGCAGGGGGCGGCUCGGCUCGGCUCGCAGCCCCGCCUGCGCGGCGCCGCAGGGGUUAAGCGCCCUCGUUCCCGGCGGGAUCGCUGCCGGCGGGGAGCGGGUUAAGCGCCUGGCGGCGGCGGCUCCGCCACUCGGCUCCGCACCGCGCUCCGCGCCGGAGCCGAUACAGCGGGAAGAUGGCGACGGAGGGAGCGAGCGGCGAGCCGGGCUCUGGCGGGCGGGAGGACUCGGCGGCCACGGCAGCGGCAGGAGAGUUUGAUGUGGAUAACCUGAGCAAGCCAGAACUGCGAAUGCUUUUGAGUGUAAUGGAAGGAGAGCUAGAAGCACGAGACCUCGUGAUCGAAGCCUUGCGGGCCCGGCGCAAAGAGGUUUUUAUCCAGGAGCGAUAUGGAAGAUUUAAUCUGAGCGACCCAUUUCUGGCUCUUCAAAGAGACUUUGAGGCAGGUGCUGCUGAUAAAGAAAAGAAGCCAAUAUGCAUGAACCCUCUGUCCAUUUUAGAAGCUGUUAUGGCUCACUGCAGGAAAAUGCAAGAAAGAAUGUCAGCUCAGUUGGCUGCUGCUGAAAACAGACAAAAGAAGUUGGAAAUGGAAAAAUGUCAGUUACAGAAUCUUGAGCUGGAGCACAAAAAGCUAUCUGCUCGCCUUGAAGAAGAACGUGGAAAGAAUAAACAUGUAGUAUUGAUGCUAGUGAAAGAGUGUAAGCAGUUGUCUGGCAGAAUUGUAGAAGAAGCCCAGAAACUGGAAGAAGUGAUGUCAAAAUUUGAAGAGGAAAAGAAAAAGGCUACUGAAUUGGAGGAGUUUCUUGCAGCUGAGAAACAAAGGAGUACACAAAUGGAAGCUCAAAUGGAAAAGCAGCUGUCUGAGUUUGACACAGAGAGAGAGCAGUUGCGUGCCAAACUUCACAAAGAGGAGACACACACCAGUGACCUCAGAGAAGAAAGAGAUAAAAUGAUCAAAAUGAUUGAGCAAUUAAAAAAGGAGAAUGAAAGUAAAGCUAAUCUUUCUCAGAAGAAUAGGGAUAAGAGUGUUGUUUCUAUUUCAGUUGAAACAGAAGAGCCAAGUUCAAGAACUGUUGCUUGUCAAACAGAGACUGUAAUGAUGGACAGUAGCAUAGAAAACGCUAAGAAGUCGCCUUUGACUGUCUCUAUAAAGCCUUCUCCAGUGAGCCCACUAGCGUCUGGCAAUACAAAAAUGAAUGUGUGUACCAAUGCAGCAUUUGUGAAGCCUGUCAUUGAUAGGCAAUCUUCAUCUAGUGAACUUGUCCCUCCCACAACUCCUGUUCUUGCACAGAAUCAAAACAGAAUUGAAGAAAAUGGACCAAGUACAGGCUCAUCCCCUGAUUUAUCAAGUAGCACUUCCCCUUUUUCAAAUAGUAAUUCCCUUUGCACCCCUACCACACCAACUGCCACAGCUCAGAAUUCCUCACUCUCUUCAUCUAUACACACUUUGCAUUCACCAUCUGCCAACACUACUGGCCAUCCAGGCCUAAAUCCACGAGUCCAAGCAGCUAGAUUUAGAUUUCAGGCAAAUACAAAUGAUCAAGACCAAAAUGGAAACACAACCCAAAGCCCUCCCUCAAGGGAUGUAUCCCCUACCAGUCGUGACAACCUUGUUGCCAAACAGGCAGCUCGCAAUACUGUUACCCAAGCUCUUUCAAGAUUUGCAAGCCCUCAGAGUAGCGCUCAGACGCGGCCAGGGACCUCGCAUUCAGUGGAAGUUGGCACUUACACCCCAGUUGGUAAAAUUACUUUAAAGACUCCAAGUGUAUCAAGAAUUGACAGAGGAAACCCUCCACCUAUUCCUCCUAAAAAACCAGGGCUUUCACAAGCUCCUUCUCCACCACACCCACAGCUUAAAGUUUUAAUGGAUAGUAAUCGUUCCCCAAAUACAAGUGCAAAAACUGACAACAAAACCAUGACCUCACCUCUUUCAAGUUCACCACAAGGAAUCAGGGUAAUAAAUGAGGAAAUUAUUUCUAAGUCCUCACCUCAGCUGCCACCAAAACCUGCUAUAGAUUUAUCUGUGGCACCUGCAGGCUGUGCCAUACCAGCCAUAGCCUCAUCUCAGGUGGGUGCCUGGCCUUCCCACUUUCCUGGACUGAACCAACCUGCAUGUUCAGAAAAUUCCUUUGUCAUUCCCACCACCAUUGCCUGUAGCUCCUCCAUAAACCCUGUUAGUGCUUCAUCCUGUAGACCAUGUGAUUCAGACAGCCUCCUGGUAACAGCAUCAGGCUGGUCUUCCUCCCUAACCCCUUUGUUAACAAGUGGUGGUCCUGUCCCCCUGGGUGGCAGGCCCACCCUUCUUCACCAAGCUGCUGCCCAGGGAAAUGUCACUUUAUUAUCAAUGCUGCUUAAUGAAGAAGGACUGGACAUUAAUUACUCUUGUGAAGAUGGCUAUUCUGCCUUGUAUUCUGCUGCUACGAAUGGACAUACAGAUUGUGUGAGAUUGCUGCUGGCUGCAGAAGCACAAGUUGACGCUGCUGAUAAAAAUGGCUUUACACCCUUGUGUUCAGCAGUUGCUCAGGGACAUGUCAAAUGUGCAGAAUUAUUAAUUAUGUAUCAGGCUGAUAUUAACCAUGCUGCUGAAAGAGGACAGACGCCUUUGUACCUGGCCUGUAAAAAUGGAAAUAACGAUUGUAUUAAACUAUUGUUGGAAGGUGGAGCAGAUCGAACAAUAAAAACCAGCGAUGGCUGGUCACCAAUUCACGCAGCAGUGGAUUCUGGUAAUGUUGAAAGUCUCAAGCUCCUUAUGUACUAUGGAGAGCCAAACAAUGGGAACUGUUUGAUGGACACAGAGCCUACUUUAGACUACUCUGAUUUGGAGAAGAGAGAAGAUGACUAUAGCAGUAGAGUAAAGCCUGUUGUUUCUGCAGAUCUCAUCAACCAUGCUGACAAAGAGGGUUGGACUGCUGCCCAUAUAGCAGCAUCAAAAGGCUUUAAGAACUGUCUAGAAAUCCUUUGUAGCCAUGGUGGACUAGAGGCUGAGAGAAAAGAUAAGUGUAAUCGAACAUUGCAUGAUGUUGCUACUGAUGAUUGCAAACAUCUCCUAGAAAACUUAAAUGCUCUUAAUGUACCUGUAAGGAUUUCAGUCAGUGGCGUUGAACCAGUCCAUUGUGGUACAGAGGAAUUUGAUACAAUAUGUGCUUUAAAUAUCCGCAAGCAGACGUCAUGGGAUGAUUUUUCAAAAGCAGUGAGUCAGGCAGUGACAAACCAUUUCCAAGCAAUCGCUUCUGAUGGAUGGAGGAGCCUAGAAGAUCUGUCAUUUAAUAGUGCUGCAGAAUCCAACAUUGGCCUCAGUGCAAGCAGUAUAUUUUCUGUCAAACUAGGAAACAUUACAUGGUCAACAGGUCAGAUUUUUUCCCAGCCACCAUGGGACUUUUUGAAGAACAAUAGAGCUGAGCAUAUCACAGUGUUUUUGUUUGGACCUCAAGAAGGCUGUUUAAACAGUGUGAGUUAUGCAUCCAUGAUCCAUCUUCAGACACUUCAGAAUUAUCUCCGCCUGGUUGAACAAUACCGUAAUGUCAUUUUCCAUGGUCCAGAAGGAAGUUUGCAAGAUUACAUAGCAUAUCAGAUAGCAGCCUGCAUAAAGCAAAAGCAAGUGGCUGCAGGAUCUACAUGUGAGAUUGUUAAAGUCGAAGUGGAUGCUGGUUUCUCCAAGGAGCAGCUUGCAGAACUGUUCAUCAGUAAUGCUUGUCUGAUCCCAGUGAAACAGCCUCCUGUAAACAAGACAACAAUUGUGAUUUUAGAAAAUCUGGAGAGAGCUUCUUUAUCUGAAUUACUCGGAGAUUUUCUAGCACCUCUUGAGAAUCGGAGUUCAGAGAAUCCCUGCACUAUUCAAAGAGCAAAUGGAGUUUCUGGUGCCUUUUACUUCCAUGAGAACUGCUUUUUACUGGGGACCAUCUCAAAGUGCCAUCUUCAUGGCUCUGACCUGCUGGUUCAGCAGCAUUUCCGUUGGGUUCAGCUGAGGUGGGACGGGGAGCCAAUGCGAGGCUUGCUUCAGAGGAUUUUAAGGAGAAAAGUAAUAAACAAGUUCAGAGGCAAAGUACCUCCUCCAUGUGAUCCUGUGUGCAAGAUCAUAGACUGGAUUCUUGCUGUUUGGCACCAGCUGAACUCUUGCUUAUCACGUCUAGGAGCACCUGAAGCACUGAUGGGGCCAAAGCAUUUCUUCUCCUGUCCUGUGGUUCCAGGGCACAGCCAAGCAACAGUCAAGUGGAUGUCCAAGCUAUGGAAUGCUGUGAUAGCUCCCAGAGUACAAGAAGCCAUACUCUCCAGAGCCUCUGUGAAAAGAUCAUCUGUACCAGGACAAGCAAUAGCCAAAAAAAGUCCUAGCCAAGGGCAACAGGCUGUUGUUAAAGCUGCUCUCAGUAUCUUGCUGAAUAAAGCUGUUUUGCAUGGCUGUCCUCUACCCAGACCAGAGCUAGAUAAUUAUAUAGCAGAUUUUAAGGGAGGAAGUUUUCCUUUAUCUGUGGCUUCAAGCUACAAAAAUUGCGGAAAGAAGAAAGGUGAGAAUGCUUCUUGGAGAAAAGUGAGCACAAGUCCUCGCAAAAAGUCAGGCCAUUUGUCCUCCCAGUCAUGGAAUAAGCAGGAGACAAAUACUGAAGGUAUAAAAUCUAAGACUGUGUUGCAACCAAACUGCAAGAAAAGAGCUUCUCUCACCACAAAAUCUUCAGAGAAGGAUCAUUUGAGAACAUUAAAUCUAGAGCAAAGGCUGUCUGUUGGUUCUGAUGAUGAAGUAGAUCUUGUGCAGGAACUUCAAAGUAUGUGUUCCAGCAAAUCUGAGCCUGAUAUAAGCAAGCCCUGCUUGAACUGAAGAAAAUUAUUACAUUAUUUGGGAAUAAGCCAAAGUCAACUAAUAUAUGAGGGUAAAUGUUGUGGUUUAACAUACACUAUUUUAAAUUACACUUUCACCAAUUUUUCAUGUAAAGAUUUUGUAAUGAAGGAUGAAAUUUCUAUGAAAUCAUAGAAUAGCCUGAGUUGGAAGGGACGCACAAGGAUCAUUGAAUCCAAAACCUGGCUCUGCACAGGAUCACACCAAGAGUCACACCAUGUGCCUGAGAGCAUUGGCCAAAUGCUUUUUGAACUGUCAGUGACCACUUUCCUGAGAACAGCCAUCCCUGCAUUACUGUUCCCUUGUUAUGUUUGAUGCUCUCAUUUCUCCCAGUGGGAAACUCUUUUGUAGACUUAAAGACAUAGAAAGUUUUCCCUAAUAUGCAUUGAAUAUUUGGUUUGUUUAAUACAAUCCCAUCAGCCUUCACAGAACUGGCUCAAAGCUCCUUUGCUCCAUAGGCAUGCCCCAAGCAAGAGGAUGGAUUGGUCUAGUUCUUUACCAGUGGCAAAAGAGGGUGAAGGAUGCUUACAGGGCUCAUAGUUUUGGGCUAAAUUCUAUCUUGUGGGUGUUUAUGGGAGACAUGUUGAGGCUGAGUGUGGAGCUGUGGAUCUCUCAUUUUUCCUUUUAUACUGAUGCCCUGCAGCUUUCCCUGUGGCUCAAGUUAUUUAUUCUUUUUCAUCUUUCCUCCUAGCACAGCUGAUGUGGAUGGCUGUGACAGCAGGCUGUGUUCACACUGGAGCAGCUGUUCCACAUCUUUUGAAACAUGGAUAGAGUCAGUCUCAGGCUAUUGCCCAGUUAGGCUGUGCAUGACAUCCCCUAGGAUUUCCCUGAACGGCGCUUCCAUUACUUUUGCUUUAUUAAGUAUUCUGUUUAUUCUUAGAAAACAACCAAGUUUUUAUUAAAAAAAUAAAUAUUGUGUUUGGGAAGAUUUUUCAACCUGUUUAUUGAAACCCUUUAUUAUAGUGUUUUGGUUUGGAUUGUUUUUCCUAAAGUAUUUACAGUACAUGCAUGAGUCACAUGCACCAAGCUGGCAAGCUAAUCACUAGUCAAUUAACAGGGAUUUACUGUAGCUGUCCUUAAAAGAAUGGGAUGUGCUUAAAGAAAUGGUAACCAACUUAAAAUUGUGUUUAAUAACAUGCAAAGUAUAAUUGCUUGUUGAUGACAAUUCAAGGAAAUACGGGUUAGAUAAGGAAGGAGAUAGAUGUCAACUCUUUUGUUCAGUUUCCUCACCAUGGGUGGAACCAUCCUUGGCUGGAAUUUCUGUUGUUAAUUCCCCAGAUAUCUAGUAGAGCCUUGCAGAAGUAAGGGUGCUGUUGCAUGCUUUGUGUGAUGUAAUUUCAGGAUGCCAACAGAAAAAGUACUUCUGCUCUUUAAUUUGCCCUUUCACUCGAAUAUAUUCCUGCUUCCUUCACUGGGUUGGGAUUCAAUACUUUUGCAGUUGCAGAAUUCAUUUGGAUCAACUUGCCCCAGGAUAAAAUACCUAGUUUUCAGUGAGGACAGCAUCUUGAGCAUGCUCUGUCUGUUACUUUCUAGUCAUGAAAAAUAGAAUAAAGGGAAGGAAAAAUAGAAGGGAAGAAACAUGGCAGGAGAAAGAGAAAACGAUCAUUCCUUUCUCUGAUGUUCCUGGGGGCUGGGUAAAAUUUCAUGGGAUACUACCCUUAAGCUCCACUGAGAAGUAUUACUCUGGAAAUUCAUGUUUAAUCUUCCUCUAAUUGUAGUUGAUAUGAAAUCUCCAUCUCUCAUCUUCUAAAAAUGCACUCAAGAGUAAAGAAGGGAUGUUUUAAUUGUUCUUUGGAUAUUUAUGGUAUUGCAUUGUACAGAAACAAUGAAAAUAAAAUCAAGCCUCCAAAAAUUGGCAAAUGUA